AGGGAAGAGUAGAAGAGAGAGUGGUGGCGGCGUUUUUGUCUGAACAAUGGCCACUCUUCCGCUCCUCCGCCCAAGCUGCUUUCUUCCCACUCCCACCCUCAAACCCUCACUCCCCAGACACACAUCCUUUCUCCCUCUCAAACUAAAAAACGGCCCCGUCGGGGCGCGCUUGUCGAACUCCUCUUCUCCUCCGCCGACGGAGCGACUCAUCUCCAUCGCCGCCUACACUCUCCCCUUCUUCAACUCCCUCCAGUACGGUCGUUACCUCCUGGCUCAGUACCCUAAGCUCGCCGUCCUCUUCGAUCCCAUCGUCCCCUUCCUCGCCUUCUACAGAUCCAUCCCCUACGCUUCCUUCGUCGCCUUCUUCGCCCUCUACCUCGGCGUCGUGCGAAACCCUACCUUCCCCCGCUACGUCAGGUUCAACGCCAUGCAAGCCGUCACCCUCGACGUUCUCCUCGUUAUUCCUCAUCUCAUCGCUCGAAUCUUCUCCCCUGGUCGCGGCCCUCUCAUGAUUUGGUCCAGCAACGCAAUUUUCGUCUUCAGCAUUCUCUGCUUCCUCUACGGCGUCGCUUCGUGUGUCUUGGGACGCACGCCGUAUUUGCCCUUUGUCGCCGACGCUGCUUCCAGGCAAAUCUGAUUUUAUUUGGGCUUCUGCAUUUUCUUUUCUUUCUGCUUUCUUCCUUGUAUUCAAUCCCCUGUCGAAUCUUUCUGCAUUUUUGUAUCAUAUUUCUGCAAACAAUUGAUUCAAUCAACCGACAAGUUAGGUAA